UUUAAGCUUCAUUCGCAGUUCGGAUCUUGUCGGGGAUCGUUCGGUCAACUAAAAAGGCUUAUUAGCCGUAGUUGGUUCGACAUCCUUUGAUGUUAUUAUUAAAUCUAUCAUAUAUUUUUUUACUAUGUAUAGUAUAAAAUUAUAUUUGUGCAUCGCGGCGAUUUGCGUAUUUGUGUUUCUUGAAUUCCCAAAAUUUAAGGGAAAUGAGCACAGAUGUGGAAUUGAAGCCAGCGGCAACCUUAUCCAUCACAACCCCUGGUUAGUCUACUUGGAGUACUACGUGGGCGAUCAUCAGAAGGAAUACAGGUGUUCCGGCACGCUGAUCAGCCCUCGGCACGUCGUAACAGCAGCUCAUUGUGUCAGGAAAAUAAAGUUCACCCGUCUGGCGGCUCGUCUCGGCGACUAUGACGUUUCAACGGAAAAGGACUGCGUGACGGGCUUGUGCUCUGAUCCUAACCUAUCUAUCCAAGUUUCGGAGAUAAUCGUCCACCCCGACUACGAUGGAAAAGAAGGGGAUAUCGCGAUUCUGAAACUGGACACGGACGCGCCAUAUACAGACUUCAUUCGGCCGAUCUGCCUUCCAUCCAAUCCGAUUAAGGGCAACGUCACCCUUUACGCCACCGGCUGGGGGGAGAUCCCCACUAUAGGAAUGUACAGUAAUAUCAAGAAGAUCCUGCCAUUACCCAACUGGUCUCUAGAGCAAUGCCAUAGAGUCUUCGAGAAUCUGCCAGAUAAGGUGCUCUGUGCUGGAGGCGAAGAAGGCGUUGAUACUUGCCGCGGAGACUCUGGUGGUACUCUUGCUCUGGUGAAGGAGAGAGUGGAGUUCGUCGGAGUCACCAGCACUGGGUGCCAGCGAUGCGGAACCAAGGGCUACCCAGCUGUAUACGUUAGUGUCUAUGACUACAUAGAUUGGAUAAGCUUGGUCACGAAACACUGAACUGCGAAUGAAAUGAUGACCAGGAAAUUUUCGAUCUUUUGAACAGACAAAAUUUUCAUAAGAAAUACUUGUACUAUACCGAGAUCUUACAACUCAUGUCUCAAGGUGGGUGGCGGCAUUUACGUUGUAGAUGUCUAUGGGCUCCGGUAACCACUUAAAAACAGGUGGGCUGUGAGCUCGUCCACCCAUCUAAGCAAUAAAAAAAUAUUCCAAUCAAUCUAUGUUUUAUAUGCAAUAUUAAAAAAAGCCAAAAAGAUUUGUUUAGUGGCUUAUGAGACCUCAAUACGAAGACUGUCAAACACUUUAUCGAAGUUCAAUACAGUUAAAAGGUUCAUUAACGUUCUGAUAAAUUAACAAUAUCACAAUUGAGGCCGUCAGCGCAAAAGUGGCCUAAGCUUACGAUAGUUAGUAUGGAUGAAUUUGAAUUUGAGUAGGCAAAAAAACAAUACGCGCAAAAAUAAUGUUUACAAAGCUAUCUGUUAUCUAUGGGUGAGACUAGGGACAGGCCGGUUUUGUAUCAAAAUUUAUUAUAUCUCAAAUAAAUUCCAAUACACGUCGUAUAAGCUUGAAUAUAAAAAAUUGUGGGUUAAGCUACUUUUACGCUGAUGGCCUCAAUUAUAAAUAUUUGAUAGGCUUAAAGAAGUUAUAUCUGGUGUCCGUAGGUACUUUUAUUAUUAACCUUUUAUUUUAAAUAAGACUGUUCUAUAUUGCUUAUUAUUUAAGCGUCUACAUAAUUAAAUUUAGCCUUUUUUAUAUUCGUCAUUAAUUAAUAAAAAAUAAAACCGACUUCAAAAAAGUUUAUAUAUCGUCAACGCAUACGAAGUCAAUUACAAAAUGAAUUAUUUAGGAUAACUCAUUAGUUACCGGUCAGAUCUUGAUAACAUUUAAAAAGGACCGCAUAAGAAACACCUGUUUUGAAAUAAUCAAUCACUUGAAAGAAUCGUGAAAAUCAAUCCUUCUAGAAAAAAGUUCUGCGGUAACGUAAAUACAACAACAAAAAUAUGAUCGAAUUCAUACCGUUAUAUUUCGAAGUCGGUAAAAAAAUAAUCAAUAUAAAAAUAUAUAACAUAAAAAAUAAAAAAUAAAAUCUACAUAAUAGAAAAAAUCCUAAAAAUAUCUUGGCUGCUUAAUAUUAAUAUUUCAACCACGUGCUAUAUUUGAAACAUGUCUAAUAUUUAACAUACUUAAGUUCUUUGAAGGCACAUUGAAGAGGUUAGGAAUGCUGAAUCUUUAAUUAAUUACAUUAUUUCUUUAUAGCUAUCCUUGCAUUUUUUUACAUCAGAUCAUAAAUUAUAAUUACAAUUGUUUUUAAUUAAAACACCAUUUCAAUAUCAGCAAUUAAAACAAUUAAAAAAUAAUUAUAAACACUUACACACACAUAUAAAGGGUGUUUAAUUAUUAUUUUUAUUGUCCCUGUAGGCAGACGUUCAUACGGCCCACCUGAUGGUGAGGGGUUACCGUCGCCCAUGGACUUCAGCAAUGCCAGGGGCAGAGCCAAGCCGCUGCCUACCGCUUAAUACUCUCCACAAGCCUCUUUUAGAGAAGGACAUGUCAUAGCGCUCGGGAAACACCGUGGAGGGGAGCUCAUUCCAUAGCCGGAUGGUACGUGGCAAAAAAGACCUCUGGAAACGCACUGUCGAUGACCGCAGUGGCUCCAGGUAGUAUGGAUGAACUCUACUCCGGUGGCAGGCGGUGCAAUGGUAAAAACAAGAUGCCGGUAUCAUCUCGAACAAUUCCUCAGAGCACUAACCAUGGAACAUACGGUACAAAAUACAGAGGGAACCGAAGUCCCUUUUGAAUUUUGAAUUAAUUGAAUUACAAUUAUCGGUGAAACGGAAUUCAAUGUUUGGUUAAGGCAAUAGAGGCAUUUUGAUUCGUUAUUAUGUAUACAUAUAUCAAUGGGUCAAAGAAUAUUUAGUUAAGUGGAGAUUUAGGUAAAUACGCGAUUUUUCCUACCUAUGCUGAUAGCCUUGAGAGGCUAUUUCAGCUUCUCCUUGACGUAUAGGUGAGCUCACGGGUCCAAACCGGGAGUGUUGCUAGCACUGGCCUUAGCAAGAGCAGUGCUUCGCGGAAAAUACACUGAGAAGAUCAGGCGAGAAACUCAGAGGGCUGUGUCUAUGGGUUAAUUCGCUCGUCGAGCCCUUCGUCGCAAGUGACGGGUUCGACGAGGACAGUGACCGGUGCUUGUGGUACUUAAAAGCACCGUUAAUGGAUCGGGAGGAACCUUAAUGACGUACGAAUACGCGCCAUUUAUCUUUGUAAUUAAAGCUCCGUUUUAUUUGGUAUUAGUGUCAACAAUUUGUUGUUUUUAAUUUAAUUUCAAUUAAGUAAAUUCCAUAAAAAUAAAUGAAGAAUUUUUUUGUUACGAUACAUUUUCCAAAUUUUUAAUUUUUAUUACUUUGUAAAGUUGCAAAUAUGGCGCUAAAACCUAAUAACCUUUCUGUCCUCGAUAUUAUAAGAUUAAUUGAAGAACUAUUGGUAAUUUAUAAAUUAUUUACCUAUAUGUAACUAGAAUUACUUUUACGGUUUGGCUUCGCUUUUUUUUUAUUGUGUCCACAUUAUUUCCGACAUUUCAAAUGCUCUACAGUUUUUAUGGUCGCAUACUAAAAUAAUAUCACGAGAUUAAAUCGUAAAAGUAAAUCUAAUUAUAAUAAUAAUAAUAAUAUUUUACUAACGAUCACGCCACGUUAACUGGUCCCGUGAUAAGUUCGUAAAGAACUUGUGUUACAGGUACCAGAUAACGGAAAUAAAUGUAAGAUUUUUAUUAUACACAUACAUAUAUUUAAUAUACAUCCAUAACCCUGGAAAAGACAUUUAUAUUUAUCAUACAAAUAUCUUCCCUUGGCGGGAUUCGAACCCGCGACCCCCUUAUGUAGUGACCAUGUCACUUACCACUACACCAGACGGCUGUUUUUUUAUUAUGUCUAUAGCUGGUGAAAAUAAUACCUAUAAGUGUAGGGUGUGGUGAUAAAUUUUACAUGUAGUUCACAUUAAUCAACGGUCAAACACUAACGCACACUCAGGAGCUCAUACGAGUGACACAAAGAAACUUUACAAUGUAUUCGUUAUUACCCGUGGUUAUUACUAUAGUAAAUAAUGAAUUAUUAUGUAAUCGUGUUUUCUUAAGAAUAUUUCACAAUAAAAAAGGUUAAAAAUAAAGUAACUGUCAAUCGA